UCUGGGUAGUCAUUAGUCGCACAUGCGCAGAAAGAUAUACCCUCGACAGCUGUAGGAGAAAAUGGCUUCACUCAUGUUAGGACAGCAGGCGCGCCAGUUCAGCACGUCUGUCAUCAGGCCCAUCUCAAAACUGAUGAAGGCUCCCAUCGAUGUGUAUGGAGUCGAGGGUCGCUAUGCCACCGCGCUGUUCUCAGCGGCCAGCAAGAAGAAACAGUUGGACCAGGUUGAGCAGGAAUUGGGCAAAGUGUCGACCAUGAUCAAGGACCCCAAGGUCUCCGGCAUUGUCAUGAACCCUCACAUCAAACGCGGCAUAAAGAUGCAGGUUGUCACUGACGUUCUGGUCAAGGCUAAGAUGUCUCCUCUCACCAUCAACCUCAUCAAGGUGUUGUCUGAGAACGGCCGCCUGCCCCUGACCGGGGAUGUCAUCAAGGCCUACAAUAUGAUGAUGGGAGCCCACCGUGGAGAGGUCAUCUGCUCUGUCACCACCGCCCAGGCGUUGGAUGCCGCCAGUCUUGCUGAGCUGCAGGUCGCCCUCAAGGGAUUCCUCCAGAAGGGUGAAACCAUCAAGCUACAAACUAAGACGGAUUCCGCCAUCUUGGGUGGCAUGAUCGUCAGCAUCGGGGACAAGUACGUGGACAUGUCCACCAAGACCAAAAUUGCGAAGCUCACCAAGAUCAUCAGGGAGACUUAAGUCCAGUUGGACGUUUAAACAGAAGAAUGCAGCGAAGUUGCUUAUAAAUGUACAUUGCUACUUGUCUGGUUACGGAGUUCAUUUUAACACCAGUGUCUAUUGUUGAUUUCACAUUAAUGUAUUAAAAAGCGUUGUGAAACGG